AUGCCGGCCCGCAAGACCUUCCGCAAGCGCCGUACAGAGUCAGAUGAGGACAGUGAAGAGGUCUGGUUGAAAUUGGAGGAAACCAAAGAAGUUCAGAGCUUGAGGAAACGACCUAAGGGGGUGAGCGCUGUAGCCCUCCUGGUUGGGGAGAAAGUACAGGAAGAAACAACUCUAGUGGAUGAUCCCUUUAAGAUCAAGAAGGGUGGAAUGGUGGACAUGAAGAAACUUAAGGAGAGAAACAAGGACAGCAUUAAAGAGGAAGACCUCAAUUUAGGCACCUCAUUUUCAGCAGAAACCAACCGAAGGGACGAAGAUGCUGACAUGAUGAAAUACAUUGAGACUGAGCUAAAGAAGAGGAAAGGAAUUGUGGAAAAUGAGGAGCAGAAGGUAAAGUUGAAGAACGCUGAAGACUGUCUCUAUGAGCUCCCUGAGAACAUCAGAAUCUCUUCAGCCAAGAAAACAGAAGAGAUGCUGUCCAACCAGAUGCUGAGCGGCAUCCCUGAGGUGGACUUAGGUAUCGAUGCAAAAAUUAAAAAUGUCAUUUCGACAGAAGAUGCCAAGGCACGCCUACUAGCAGAGCAACAGAACAAAAAGAAAGACAGUGAAACCUCUUUUGCUCCAACUAACAUGGCUGUGAACUAUGUGCAGCAUAACCGAUUUUAUCAUGAAGAACUCAAUGCCCCAGUUCGGAGGCACAAGGAGGAGCCCAAAAUCCGUCCCCUCAGGGUGGGAGAUACUGAGAAACCAGAACCUGAGAGGUCUCCUCCAAAUCGAAAGCGCCUCCCCAAUGAAAAGGCAACCGAUGAUUAUCAUUAUGAGAAGUUUAAGAAGAUGAACAGACGCUAUUGAUAUCAGCUCA